AAUAAUACACAUUUGAUCUAACUCCUAAAGUAAUGUUGUACGCACCAAGUAUUUGUCUCUGGAUAGUAUAUUUCAUAGUAGGGAUGGCACUGCAGUGAAAAACUGAUCAAUGAUAGAAACAGAAAGGGAUCCUGGAAGACUUUCAUAAGGAAGAAGAUGGUCUUUCAGAUAGUUUAAAUGUCUUCAGAAGACAAAGAAUCUCAGGAGGAUGAACUUCUUGCUUUGGCAAGUAUUUACGAUGAACACGAAUUCAGGAGAGCACAAAAUGUACAAGGAGGGGAAACUCGAAUCUCUGUGAAUGUGCCUCAGAAUUUUAGAGUAUCUGUGAGUGGCAACCUCACGGAGACUCUUCAAAACAGCAAGCUUGAAUGCACAGUUUGCUUUCUACCUCCAGUAGUGCUGAAUUUUGAAUUCCCAGCAGACUAUCCGUCAACUUCCCCACCUCUGUUCACUCUCAGUUGCAAGUGGCUGUCUCGGGCUCAGCUCACUGCUCUUUGCAAGCACCUGGAUGACUUAUGGGAAGAAAACAGAGGUUCCGUAGUCUUGUUUGCCUGGAUGCAGUUUCUCAAAGAAGAUACAUUUGCUUAUCUGAAUAUCAACUCCCUGUUUGAACCAGAGAUAACUGAACAAGAAAAACAGCCAAAACAACCAAAGAAAGAGGAUGGUUGCUAUGACAUCAGACAUGCUGCAUCAGCACAAGGAGAAUCCUUUGAUGCAAGAGCUAUACAGGAUGUUGAAUCUUUGUCAAGCCUGAUUAAGGAAAUUUUAGAUUUUGAUCAGUCCCAAAAAGAAAAGGGCUUCAACUGUAAAACGUUCAUGUGUAAUAUCUGCUUUUCCAUAAAACAGGGAAGUGACUGUAUGUAUUUUAAAGACUGCAGGCAUGUGUACUGCAAGAUUUGCUUAAAGAACUACUUUGAAAUUCAGAUCAAAGAUGGCCAAGUCCAUUGCCUGAAUUGUCCAGAACCCGAAUGUCCAUCUAUUGCUACUCCUGGGCAGGUGAAAGAGCUGGUGGAAGAGAAGCUAUUUGCACUUUAUGAUCGCCUGCUGCUUCAGUCGAGUUUGGAUUUGAUGGCAGAUGUAGUCUAUUGCCCACGCCCAUGCUGCCAAACCCCAGUGAUGCAAGACCCUUGUUGCACAAUGGGCAUCUGCUCAAGGUGCAAUUACGCAUUCUGUACUUUGUGUAAGAUGACCUAUCAUGGUGUUUCCCCAUGUAAAGUGACUGCAGAGAAGUUAGCAGCUUUACGCAGUGAAUACCUUGAAGCGGAUGAGGCCACAAAACGGUUUUUGGAGCAACGCUAUGGGAAAAGAGUUAUUCAAAAGGCUUUAGAGGAGAUGGAAAGUAGAGAAUGGCUAGAAAAGAAUUCCAAAUCAUGUCCCUGCUGUGGAACUCCUAUUGAGAAGUUAGAUGGCUGUAACAAGAUGACAUGUACUGCUUGCAUGCAGUAUUUCUGUUGGCUUUGUAUGGGUUCUUUAUCAAGGGCAAAUCCAUACCAGCACUUUAAUGAUCCAGCCUCACCAUGCUUUAACCGGCUAUUUCAAGCUGCACAAAAUGAUAAUUACCUUUGGGAUGAGGAGGAUGAUUAGCGUCUAGCCAGAAUUAAAAGCUAAAGAAAUGAAUGAAGCUGUAAUCAUGCAUGUUCGAGAUACUUUUGAUUAUCGAUAGAUGAGACACAGAAGCACUUCAGAGUAUCUAGAAAACUGCUUUUGUUUGCUGCUACUAAUUUCAUGGGUGUGAUCUAAGAUCUAAUUUUCAAGAGCACUGAACAUUUAAACAAGCACAUUAAAAUUUCACCAUGUGCUCCUCUUUUAGCUAGCACCGUCAUCACUAAAACUGAUCCAAGAACAAGUGGAAAGCAAUGGAAUAUAGCCAAUUUGUUUGCUAUUCUUCUCCAGGGAGCAAAGUGUAGAGUAAAAACAUGUGAUUUCUUCAG